UACCUUUACAUGUACAAGACUGCCGUGCAACGCUUCCGCAUCAUUCUUCUCAUCCAAUCCACAUCGUUGUGCUGCCAGCAUCAUCAUUACAUCAUUACGCACCACCCUUUGAGCAGGGUAGCAGAGUUGAACCGAGGGAGCUGCCCAUCAACGAUCAUCCAUCACGGCAAUCUCUGGUGGUGGUAGCCGUCAAGAUCCCAAUAUACUGACCAUGAAAACUCUGUUGAGAUUUCGGAACCGAAAGCAAAGGAGGUAUAGUACGGGAGACUUUUCUACUAGACAACAUCAACUACUACACUGUCAUGAAGACCUGACCAAGGCGCUGGAGCUGGAAGAUGUUGUCAAGCCAUCGGUGAUUGGGUUGGUGUUGGGUGGGGGCAGUUUCGAUGGCACUACCAUUUCAUCACUCUUUCAUCGACGUAGCAGCGCGAGUGCUGCCUCCACAUGUACCAGUAACAGCUCCACUGCCAUCGGUACCAGCCGAGCAGCACGACAAUUCUUAAGACACUCCAGCAGUUUUCUCCGGGUGGCUGAUCUCGGUCUAGCGGAUGAUACUGUAAGUCUGGAUAGUGGACAUACUGCCAUUAGUUCCUCUGUCACGGACAGUCCCCAAAAACUAAACGACAACGACAAUAACCACCAAACGGCGGCUGAUGCCACUGAUCAUGCCAACUUUGCCUACCCACACGCCAAUCCUCCUCCUGGGGUAGACCAUGACCCACGAGAACGGUGGGUAGCACUGGACGAUGGCUCGGGGUCUCAUGCCCCCAUUGCGCCACUCGCCGUACAGGCGUUGGUCAAGGCCGGAUUGGAUGCGGCCUUGGAUCAAAGCAUGUGGACGCAACACACAUCCAGCCGGUAUUUCAAGGCAGCUCCAUGGCAUGUCUUUACAUGGCCCACAGAAGGACAACCCGCCACCAUCCCCAACGACGAAGUUCCUGCACCCGGGGAUAAGAUCGAAGAUAUUGUCCUGCUGUGGAUGGGAAAGUUCCAACAUGGGCUCUAUGGGAGCGAUCUGCCAGCCGUACGAGCCGUGGGGAUUAUCCCAGCAGCACCGAAGGUGCUAUACGACAUGCUGAUUGAUUCCGAUCGCGUCAAGGAAUACAACAAGCUGAGUCUGGGACGAGAAGACUUGCUGGUCCUACAAAAUGGUGGAGAAGAGAAUGGACCAUUUGGCAAAUCCGCCGUGACCAAGGUCAUGCGCAGCAAGUCCAGUCCACCCCUUGUACGACAAACCAUGCAAUUCGUCAGCAUGUUACAUGCCCAAGAACUGCAAGACAAGAGCGGGUACUUGAUCGUCACACGGGCCGUGACGCACCCCGACGAUGAUCGCAGCGAUACCAGUGUGCUACGCAGCGAAAUCUUGCUGGGCGUCAAUAUCAUUCGACGCAUUGACGGCGAUCCCCAUCGAUGUGUCAUGGUCAACAUGAUCCACAUGCGAUCGCCCAUGGUGCCCAUGAUUAUUGCCAAUCGCAUCGGGGCAUCCGCCGCCGCCAACUUUAUCCGUGAUUUGAGAAAUGCCUGUUGUUAAUACAAUACGGCACAGGCAAGAUAUACAUCUACACUCAAUGUGCAAGAGGCGCUAUCGAAUAGAGAAUGUACACCUUACAAAUAAACACGUGGAAGUGCAAGGAAGGAGGCACCAGUCAACACCUGGAUGAUGUGUCCACUUGCCAUUUACUGGUUAGAGAGGAAGGAAACACUACAGGACAGUCGCCUUGGGUGAUUUUGAACAUUGGCACCCAAGAAGCAGCCAGAGCUGCGUUUUAGAAAGAGUUGAACCAAAGACAGUCCGAGUUGUCCUGUAGCGCAACUUUUUGGAGAGCUGUCUAUAGAGGUGGAGGAUUGUUAUUCUGCAUAAAACUAUAGCUAAAUUCUUUGUUUAACUGCAUGAUUUGCCAGGGGCUAC